UCAAACCCAUGACAGUAGAGUACAGGCGGGUGGCUAACAAGUUGACUGAACAUUGCUGAUAUAAAUCAAUAACGGAGACCAUAUUCAUCAUCGUGGAAUCAUUUUUUUUCGCUUUUUGUAAAAUUCAGAUUUGGACGUACUUUGACGCCGCUGAACGGAGGACGUCGUCAGCCAUCACAGCCAGGCAGGAGCAGUGACUGCCCACUGAUAAACAUUACUACGUCGUCAGCUAACAGUUAGCAGGGAGACAACGUACCCGAGGACAAACCAAAUAUUUACACCCCGUGUUCUUCUUCCGAGGACCAGUCGCACAACUGUCCGGCAGAGCUGUUAAGUCAAGACAUGCAGUCAUCAGAGCAGCGCUGACAGCACUGACUCUGGUUUAACACGACCAUGGAGUCCACAUCGGAGUCCCAGCAGGAGCCUGAGAAAACUUUGCACCAAUCAGAGUUGAGAGAGCACCAUGCCAAUCCCGCUUUUGUAGCGUGCAGUGAUGACACCGUCCUUCUGACGCCAGGCAGGAUGAGCCAGCGCCAGGUGAAGGAGCGGGACAAGGACAAGGACAGGGAGAAGGAGGCGGGCCUUCAGACGCCCAACAGGGAGCAUGUCGCCACACCUUCCACCCUCAGCCCAGGAGUGAGCUACACCCACGGUUUUGAGAGAGGGAAGGAGGACCUCUUGCCUCUGCCUUUAAAAGAGGACUCACAAUCCAUAUCUAAAAGCAAGUCUGAAACAAAGCUGUACAAUGGCUCAGACAAGGAUGUUUCAGCGUCUGGAGGAAAGCUCACCAAGAAAGAGUCUCUCAAGGUGCAGAAGAAGAACUACAGGGAAGAAAAGAAGAGGGCAACCAAGGAGCUGCUCAGCACCAUCACUGAUCCUUCUGUCAUCGUCAUGGCCGACUGGCUAAAGAUCCGUGGCACUCUGAAGAGCUGGACCAAACUGUGGUGUGUGCUGAAGCCUGGCGUCCUGCUCAUCUAUAAAACCCACAAAAACGGCCAAUGGGUGGGAACGGUGCUGCUCAACGCCUGUGAGCUGAUCGAGAGGCCUUCCAAGAAGGACGGCUUCUGCUUCAAGCUCUUCCACCCACUGGAACAGUCUAUCUGGGCUGUCAAGGGUCCCAAAGGAGAAGCAGUGGGCUCCAUCACGCAGCCAUUACCCAGCAGCCACCUCAUCUUCCGUGCUGCCUCCGAGUCUGAUGGCCGAUGCUGGAUGGAUGCCUUGGAGCUGGCCCUGAAAUGCUCCGGCCUGUUGAAGAGAACCAUGAUCCGCGAGGGGAAAGAGGACGUGAGCACAGUAGCCACUGGUGGAGAACACUCCAUUAAUUUCUACAGCCUCCUCCGAGCCCAUAACAUGCACGGUUUCCAGUUCAAUGACAGUGACCACUUGAAAGACCCAGACCUGUACUCGGACAAGUCAGAUCGAGAAGGAGAGCAGGACCACGAGGAGUCCGACCCAGAAGGUCUGGAGAAGAGUGAGGAGAGCGACAGUGACACGUCAGAGCGUCAAGAUGACUCCUACAUUGACCUUGACCCAAAUGAACAACUGUGGGAAACGCCAUACCUGGAACAGUCCCAUGAGGAACUUGGAGAGGCUGGUGAAGCUGCCCAGACAGAGACCGUAUCAGAGGAGAACAAAUCUCUGAUCUGGACUUUGCUGAAGCAGGUCCGACCUGGCAUGGACCUGUCCAAGGUGGUGUUGCCCACCUUCAUCCUGGAGCCAAGGUCUUUUCUGGACAAACUGUCAGACUACUACUACCAUGCAGACUUUCUGUCGGAGGCUGCGAUUGAAGAGAACGCCUACAACCGCAUGAAGAAGGUGGUGAAGUGGUACAUUUCAGGAUUUUACAAAAAGCCAAAGGGUUUGAAGAAGCCGUACAACCCCAUUAUUGGGGAGACGUAUCGUUGCCUGUGGCUCCACCAACAGACCAACAGCAAGACCUUCUACAUCGCAGAACAGGUAUCCCAUCAUCCUCCAGUGUCAGCCUUCUAUGUUAGUAACAGGAAGGAUGGAUUCUGCCUCAGUGGCAGCAUCCUCGCCAAGUCCAAGUUUUAUGGAAACUCCCUGUCAGCCAUUUUAGAUGGGGAGGCUCGGCUCACGUUUCUAAAUCGAGGAGAGGACUAUGUGAUGAACAUGCCCUAUGCCCACUGUAAAGGCAUCCUGUAUGGCACCAUGACCCUGGAGCUGGGCGGCCAGAUCACCAUCGCGUGUGAGAAAACAGGCUACAGUGCUCAGCUCGAGUUCAAACUGAGGCCAUUCCUGGGCAGCAGUGACAGCGUCAAUCAGGUCUGUGGAAAGAUCAAGCUGGGGAAGGAGGUAUUAGCCACGCUGGAAGGACACUGGGACAGCGAGAUCUUCAUCAAUGACAAGAAGACGGGGACAAUGGACACUUUCUGGAACCCCACGCCAGAGCUGAGACAGAGUCGGCUGACCCGCUGCAACGUCCCACCUGAGGAGCAGGGAGAAUACGAGUCAGAAAGACUGUGGCAGCACGUCACCCGGGCCAUCAACAAUAAGGACCAGACAGAGGCCACUAAUGAGAAGUUUAUUCUGGAGGAAGCUCAGAGGAAGGCGGCCCGUGAACGGAAAGCCAAAUGCGAGGAUUGGAUCCCUGCUUUGUUUGAGCAAGACCCCAUCACUGGGGAGUGGCAUUACAGAUAUGCUGACACAAGGCCGUGGGAUCCACUCAAUGACCUGAUCCAGUUUGAGAAAGACGGCUGCAUCCAGACCAAGGUCCGGCACCGAACCCCUAUGGUACGUUCUGGCAGUCUUAUUAGUCUGAGUAACCAGGGGCCACGGAGGGACAAUUGCAAGUGCCAGGUAACGGUGCCAAAGAGGAAACACAAAAGUGACAAGCCCAAAAGCCCAGAGAGUGGCUGCUCUUCACCAGAACCCGACCGUCAUGACUCAUCUGGCAGUGAACGACACAAAAGCAAGCAUAACAGUCGGCUGAGGAAGAAAGGAGCCGACCUCAGUGAACUUCAAAGUGCCAUUGACUCCAUAAAGCAGACACAGGAGGAUAUUAACAGGAGCAUCGGCGUUCUGCGGAGCCGUGCGGCGGGCCGGACGGAGAGCGCCUCGUUCCUCCAGCAGCGCGACUAUGUCAUCAUCGUUUUCCUCAUCCUCCUUCAGGUCCUGAUCAACUACAUCUUCAAGUAGCAGCCGUGCCCCACAGAGAGAGGGCUGCCCUUACACACCCCCAAACACACACACACACACACAGAGAAAAACACACAUGGACACUCACACACUCUCUCUCUCUGAGCCUUAGGCGUCACAGUGGGGUACAAAGAGAUGUAAACUUUGUCCUUUCACAAUAAGUGACACUUUUUCCUCUCGCUCUCUUCUUCUCUGUCUUUAGUAAACCCAACUGCACACGUACAGAAAAGACUCCAGUGCAGGAGGAGACCUUUUUAAAAAGAAAAACAUAUUUAUUUUUACCCGAUCCUUUCCAACAGUUCCACAGAUUUCAAAGCGGAGAGGAGCAGCAGGGAGAGAGUUUAUCAGGAGGAUUUGGCCUAACAAGUCUCGGCUGCCACCCUGAAGCUCAUCAGUUUGCCUUGAUAUCAGAGGCAAAGACAGCAGCCAUUUUAUUUUGCUGUUCUUUGUGUGUUUUCCUUUUUUUUUCCACCCCUGAUGGAGUGGAACUACUCUGUUGAAACACAUUUCACCUCAGAAGACAGGGAACCUUUUUACACAGAUGAUGUGGUGAUGGAAACAAAGGUAAAAAUCCAGUAGGUAAAAAAAAAAAAUGUUUUUAUUGUUUGUUUGUUUUCUUUCUUUGUUGAGUGUGAAUAGUGUUCUGCUCGGAAAACACUGAGCGUUAAUAAGGAAGGAGGAAACAAAAUGGUCCAAAAUGAUGUGACUUUUAUUUUUUUAAUGAUCACGUACUUUCACGCUGGCUGUGUUUAUGAGAAGAAAGACUAAAUAACACAAGUGAUACUGUCAGAAGGAUCAGAAGCUAUACUUCCUGCUGUAUGAUAAAACACCUUUUGCAUACAAAGUUAAUGUAAAAAAAAGAAGAAAAAAAAAGUCAGAUGUUUGACACAUCAUUGUAUACUCUAGGGUAGCAUAUACAAAUUGUGAGUGUGGUUAGGAAAUUAGCCCUAUGUACAGUAUUUUGUUGUAAGGCUCAAAUGCACUGGAAGUGUUUGGUUAAAAACGCACGUCAUUUUUAGCAUUUUACUUUUCUGCCAAUUACAAUGAAGUUGAGGCAGCCUCAGAUCUAAUGGCACGAUAAAGGAGUAGAAAUGGAGUUUAACUUACUUGUUUUCUCAAGAGUUAGAUGAAAUAGUCAGUCUGUUCACGACGCUCAUCACUCACACAGACUGAGAGGGAAAUGAGGAAAAGCAGUGUGACUGACUCCGUCCAAAAGGAACUAAAUCCAUCCACCGCCUCAGUGACCUACACUUAUCACAGGAUCCUGUAUGUGAGGUACUUCGCACUCACUUUCAUGUGUGACACUUAUUUCUUGUCGUAACUGUGAAGUUGUGUCGUUACCUAGUUGUUACUGUGCUCAUCGAAUAAUCAGAGGACUUUCUACCUAAACGAUAUUUAAACAAGCACAAUAUAACCUUUAAAUGUUGUGAAGCGGCGAUGGGUGAAUUUUGUGGACUUUGAAUAGAGCUGUUACGAGUCUGUCUGUCUGUUAAGCAUCAUACGCUAGGAUAAUGACUAGUAAGAAAGUGAGUAAAUAAAAAUACACAGCCUCGACAAGCUGCUGUUUUGUUGUCUAGUGUCUAAAUUUAACAAAAACAUGUCAUAUUUUAAUGAAACGAGGCACAUGUAUUUAAUGUUGCCACUCAUUAUUGUAUCAUUUGUAUCACUGUUCAUCAGACAACUCAUGGCAUGGGUAUUAGAGACUUUAUCUACUAUUGGUGGUAUAUAAUACAUUUAUUUAUAGUUACCGUGGUAACCGUAGGUGUUGAAGUCACACGAGUGGUCACUGAGACAAACAAAUAGAGGAAAGACUCAAAGAUACCGUUUUUUUCUCUGAAUGUAAAGACAUUAGCUGCUACAUCAGAACAUCAAGCAAGGUUUCCAGUGCAUUUGUGCCUCACAUUUUAACCAGAAAGACCAUAGAGGUAGACACUUUAGUGAGCCACAGACAAGAUACUAGACGUUUUUGUACUUGACCAUUAUCACCACAGUAUAUCAUUCCAAAUGUACUCAAGUACCAGCCAAACUUCUUGUGUAGAGUAGAAGCCAGAACUGUUCACUGUGUAAAUGUAAAUACCCAACGGGACAACGACAACUUUCCUCACAUGUAGCGUGUGAUGUUGAAUCCCCCCGCGGUUCCGCGAUACAGACACAGACGCUACGGUCUGUGCACAAGCCAGUCUUUUCAACCUUGUGUGUCUUUCUGUCCACUGCUCUGUAGAUACACAUGGACAUUGGCAAAAGCAAAAAGACAAAAAGAUGAGUGCGGGGGGGGAGGGGGGGUACACAGUAAGAUGGACGAUGAAUCGGAACGUCCUGGAGGUGUUGAUGGUGAGAAGCAGCAGUUACUUGCGGCUCCUGAAAAUGAAGUCAUUCACAGGUUGAUGAACACUGUGAGCUAUGAGAACCAACUAAGUUAAAGUGAUAGCUCAGGUUUUUGGGUUUUUUUUGAAGUGUGGUUGUAUGAACACUGACUUUCUCGAGCUUACUGUUGUCGCACCCAGAGACACACUCAUGAAAAAACAUGGCUGUUAGCAGGGACCCAAGAAAAAAAUCAGAUUUUAGCCACUCAAGUGAAAUCUACACUUGCUUAAGUCUAUGACAUCUUAAAUAUAGGCGUUCACCACUUUUCCCUCACAGUUAGACAACAUUUUCCAACUGGAAAUUGUGUUUCUUUUUUUAAAACACUCCCUCACCCCCACACCAAAAACCCAUAGAGAAAAUCAGCAAUUUUACAUCACGGCACUUAAGUUGUUGAUCCACCGCUGCCUCCAUCAUUAAGGUCAAAUGUGUUAUUUUGUGACUGUGGUGUUUAGAGUUCUUUCAUUCAGAUUUACCUAAGUGAUACAACCUGACAAAGUCCCUGCGAGAUAAAAGCGCUGAUUUUCUGUAUGGACUUUGGUGAAGGAGAGUCAGUAUUUUUUACAAACUUUUGUUUCCUGUGAGAUGAGGCUGACUAAAGGCAAGAUUACGUUGCAGACAUUUUUUUUUAACAUAUUUAAGACUUAAGCAAGCAUUUAUUUGAUCAGGUGAGCUUUCAGUUAAGUGACUAUAAUCCAUUUUUUCCCCCUGAUGUUUUCAGUGAGAAUGAAUGAAAAAAAAAAAAUGAACUGUCCCUUUGAGUCCUUUGUUGAGCAUUACUACCCAGACAAAAGCAAAUCUAUGUUUGUGUUUAAAAAAAAAAAAAACACCUCAGUUUGAAACUGAACCUAAGUUAUAUUUGAAUCAUGAAUUGUAUUUAGCUGAAGUCUUGACCACUUAGACGAAAUGCUUUUCCUUUCCAAAUGUGUGUAAAGAAGUAGUUAAGUAUUCAAAGGUAUUCAGCAAAAUCACACCUACUUAUGGACCAUAUUGGAAUAUUGAUUUUGUAUGUCUCUUUUGCCUGUUAUGAUGUUAGCCUUGUCAACGUUUACAUAUAUGAUUGCCUCCACCGUCAGCUGACUGUUAAGUGAAAAUCUUUGUAAUGCUAACAGAGGUAUUUAAAAUACAUAUACAUAUAUAUAUAGAUAUAUGUAUAUGUGUAUAUACAUAUAUCUAUAUAUAUAUAUAUAUAGAUGGUAGCAUUAUCAGGAGCCAGCUGUCCCCCGUAAGUUACUCGGCUGGCCCGCGUGUUUCUGUGCAUGUAUUUUUGUUUCUUGUCUAAAUCUUUAUUGCCUCAGUCGCUCAACUUAAAAUGGGGAGUCCAGAUGUUAGAAUGUGGAGAAAUAAGUACAUACCAGUGCCUUUUUAGAGUGAGACUGGGUAGAGGGUAGAUCGAGGGUUUUCGAGGGAGGUGAAAGGAGAGGUGUGAGGGAGGGGCUGUGUGGCGUAGAGCAGUGGUUCCCAACCAGGGGGAGACCCAACAGCUCCACGGGGGGGUGGGAAUGAUGACCGAUGUGUGUAGUAAUAACCCUAACCCUAAGUAAUAAUACAGAGGAAAACAUACUUGUAAUAUCCACAGAAAAUAGUAUUCAAAAUGGUACAUUCAUUGUGGUUUGUUGAACAUCAUGUUAAAUAUCACAUUUUCUUGCAACACAUGAAAUUAUGAGAUGUAAAAUAAUAUUAAUGGGGCUGGAUAUCAAUGUAGACUUAGAUACUGAUUCCUGAACAAUACUUUUUGUUUUUUUGCUUAAGAUGUGAUUAAGUCCGUUUUAAAAUAAAAUACAGUUCUUUUGGUUUAGCCGGCCUAGUUUUCUACACGCAGUCAGACACGAAGCAGCUUUCUGCUUUCAUAUUUAUUCUGUGACAGUUAAAGCCUCAACAUACACUAACUUUAUCCAUUAAACAUGAAGCACAUGUGUUAAGCUCCGUCUUCCACCUUUCCUGGGGAGUGAGCUCCAUCUCUGCUUGUGACCUCGAGACGGCCAACCACGUGCACUCGGUACCAAAAUGAUAAAAUCCAGCGACAACACACUUUUCAUGUGUACUGAUGCAGAGGAAGUUAACUCGUUACCACAAAACUAUCAACGUUUGAUACCCAGCCUUAAUAAUAAUAAUAAUAACAAUAAUAAUAAUAAUAUUAUAGGUAUAUGUGGGUGGGAUGGGUGACCUUAACGUGUAUGGUUGUAAAGACCUGGUUGAGAACCCAAAGGGUUGGGAACCACUGGUGUAGAGAUCAUACAGCUGUAACCAGAGUCUUAAGAGUGAAUAAACCACGCUUGGCCCAGGACUCUGGCUGCAGCUGCAGCGGCAGGUGGAGUCACUGUAGUGUUCUUAGUGCAAAUGUGCCAUAUGAAGCCUUAGAAACAAGUGUGACUCCACAGUUUGCUCCCUCCUCCUCUCCCGAUGAACCUGUCAGCUUCCAGAUACUGAUUCCUGCCACAGGAAAGAACAGAGAGAGGGAGAGACCUUUCCUUUUCACUGUUGUCUCUUACUCUCUCUCUCUCUGUCUCUCACUCAAACACACCAAAUUCAGAGGAAGACAAACAUCUCCACUGUCUGUUGUUGCAUCUGUAAAAUAACACGUUUUAUUUAUUGGUCUUUUAUAUGUGGAUUUAUGAUCCUCCUUUUUUUUUCUGCUCAUAACAGUCGAUCGCCAUUCUCUGUCCUUGUUUCGUGUUUUUCAACACAAGUUUUUUAAUCACAAUUUUAAAGUCUCGUAUACAGUUUUAAGUGGUUUUAUUCCUCGUCACGUGACGCCGCAUACAAGCAACUCUGUCUUCAAACUUGUGCGCGCACAGUCACCUGACAACUGCCCCACAAACCGCCUCAACAUACACACAACCUUUUUUUUUUUUCUUCUUUUUUUUUUAAUCUGACUACCUGAAUAUAUUUACUGUGUCUCCACGGCAACGAUAACUUCUUAGACGUUCAAAGUUGUAUGUAACAUAACAGAAUAAAAACAAGUUACAUCCUGG